CCAACCAACCAAAACGAGUUUCCAUUUUCAAAUUCGAAUUUGAAAUUUUCAUCGGAGAAGUUUCGUCGAUGAAGGUGAUCGCGUCGAGGAAUUCAAAGCGUAAGGCUGGGGCGACGCCGUUCGCCGCGAAGAACCUUCCGUCGAUGAGUUCGAUCCUGAAGAUAGCUCUGAUCUCUCCACUCUCCGCUGCUUCCGUCGACUCCUGCUCCAAUUUGCUUUCUGCAGUCGACGACAAUGUCUCAUGCGGUUCCAGCAGAGUCGAGGAGAGCUCGAAGCUGAAGAAGAUUCGAAUCGAAGAGGAAGAAGAAGUUUCUGGACCUGCUGAUCCGAAGUUUCGGAGGAUCACGAGGUCAUACUCUAAGCUAACCAAGGAGAAUGAGGGAGACGAGAUCGAAGUAAGCGAAUCGUCCUUCACACGAUCCGACGUGACGUUUGCCGAGAAUAAGGAGAGCGACGUCGUAUCGGGAGUAGAGUCUUGCUCCAAGUUCGGAAGCGUAACCGGAGGAGGAGGAGGAGGCGAUUACGAAGAAACCGAAAUCUCCAAACCGAGCGGACACGUGGAAGCGAAGGCGGAGUUUGAGACAGUCGGAUUCGUCUCCGAUCUCGCUUGCGCGGAGACGUUCUCCGACGAAGAGGAUGAGUCAUCGGAGAUAUUUUCACAGUACUCAUCGGAUUACACUUCUUCAGUUUUCUCCGACUCUGGCAGCGAGUUCUCUGAGAGAUCUAGCUCUGAUUCUCCUGUUUCGCAUACUCGCUCUCUGUACCUCGCGUUCAAGGAACAGUUCUGUAGAUCCACGAUCCCUAACGAUCUCGAAUCCUCUCGCGAGGAUCUAAGCCGUGAAACUCAGUCUGACCUGUUAAGGUUUGAAGAUGAAGAGAUUGAGGAAAGCUAUCAAAGGCUUAGGGAAAGAGAGAGAAGCCAUGCGCAUCUGCGUGACUGUGCUAAAGCUUACUGCUCCAGGAUGGAUCAUGCUGAUUUCAUCCCUCAGCUACGCUUGAUCAUGGUUCAAUGGAUUGUGGAGCAAUGUUCUGCAAUGGAGCUUCAGCCAGAGACGUUGUUUCUUGGAGUUAGUCUGCUGGAUCGUUUCCUGAGCAAAGGAACCUUCAAGAGCGAGAGGACCCUAGUACUAGUCGGGAUUGCGAGUCUUACUCUAGCCACCAGAAUUGAAGAAAACCAACCUUACAAUAGCAUCCGGAGAAGGAACUUCUACAUCCAGAACCUAAAGUACAGCCGGCAUGAAGUGGUGGCAAUGGAGUGGCUGGUUCAAGAAGUUCUCAACUUCAAAUGCUUCUCACCCACAAUCUUUAACUUCUUAUGGUUUUACCUAAAAGCUGCACGAGCCAAUCCAGAAGUUGAAAAGAAAGCGAGAUCUUUGGCUAUAACCUCACUAUCCGAUCACACUCAACUCUGUUUUUGGCCCUCAACUGUCGCAGCCGGGCUUGUAGUUCUCGCCUGCAGUGAACACAACAAAAUCUCAGCAUACCAACGAGUCAUAAAGGUUCAUGUUAGAACAAAAGAUAACGACCUGCCUGAAUGCGUCAAGAGCCUGGAAUGGUUGCUUGAGCAGUAAGCAAUCCACAGGAACAGGUUACACCAAAAACCAAAUACAGUAUACUCCAAUACGAACUCACAGGUUAUUAUUACCAUUUACACAACAAACAUUUAUAAGGUAUAUAACAAGCCAAUGCCUCUACAGAUUUAUAUGCUUAGUCUCUGGACUUAAUUAGCUCUUGUCUCUGCAUUACUAAUACCAAUUAUCAGGCCACAUUUGUGCUGCCACACACAUUCAUUGCUUAUUUUGUCCAAUAAAUUACAAUCUCAUUUUAUUAAAACCUUUUUUCCUAU